GUUUAUUUAGCAUCCAGACAUCCGGAAGCUGCGGCUGUGAAACUGGCCCGAACGGGUCAGAAGCUGGUGUGAUGGAGAGGUGAUGUGCAGUUAGCCAGGAGAGUGAUCAGGACACCGUCGCCAUGACCGAGUGCUUCCUGCCCCCCAGCAGCAGCCCCACCGAGCAGCGCAGGGCCGAGCAUCCAGGGGGGGUGGCGCGCACCCCGAGUUCCGAAGAGAUCAGCCCCACCAAGUUCCCGGGGUUGUAUCGCACCGGUGAACCGUCGCCACCUCGCGAUGGCUCCCAUCAUCACGAGCCACCGGACGCCUACGUCUCUGAUGAUGACAAGGAGCACGGCAAGAAGAAGAACAAGUUCAAGAAGAAAGAGAAAAGGACGGAAGGUUACGCCGCCUUCCAGGAGGACAGUUCAGCAGAUGAAGCAGAGAGCCCGUCCAAGAUGAAGCGCUCCAAAGGAAUCCACGUUUUCAAGAAGCCGAGCUUCUCCAAGAAAAAGGAGAAGGACUUCAAGGUGAAGGAGAAAGAGAAGGAGAAAGAGAAAGAAAAGGAGAAAGAGAAGGAAAAAGAGAAGCCCCCCAAGGAAGACAAGGUCAAGGAUAAGAAAUCCAAGGACCUGACGGCUGCUGAUGUGGUGAAGCAGUGGAAAGAAAAGAAGAAGAAGAAGAAACCAACAACGGAGGUAGAGCCGGUCCUAGUGGAGAUCCCCACCUUCAGGCCCAUCUUUGGAGCUCCCCUGUCCGAAGCUGUCAAGAGGACAGCUCUGUAUGACGGCAUCCAGCUGCCGGCCGUCUUCAGGGAGUGUGUGGACUAUAUUGAAAACUAUGGCAUGAAGUGUGAGGGCAUCUACCGGGUCUCAGGUAUGAAGUCAAAGGUGGAUGAAUUAAAAGCAGCAUAUGACCGUGAGGAGUGCCCCUGCCUGGAGGAGUACGACCCCCACACGGUUGCCAGUCUACUGAAGCAGUACCUCCGUGAGCUGCCGGAGAACCUGUUGGGCCGAGACCUGGCCCAGCGCUUCGAGGACGCCUGCGGUCGGCAGGUGGAGGCCGAGAAGAUGGCGGAGUUCCAGAGGCUUCUGUCCGAGGUGUCACCAGAGAACCGACUUAUUCUCUCCUGGCUCGUCACACACAUGGACCACGUCAUCGCCAGGGAGGCUGAAACCAAGAUGAACAUUCAGAACAUCUCCAUCGUCCUCAACCCAACCAUACAGAUUGGGAACCGUGUCCUUUACACGUUCUUCACACACGUGCCGGAGCUGUUUGGAGACAUCGUGCUGAAGCAGGUGGUGCGACCGCUCCGCUGGUCCAACAUGGCAACGAUGCCGGCGCUGCCCGAGACGCAGGAGACCAUCAAGGAGGAGAUCCGACGACAGGAGUUCCUGUUGAACUGCCUCCACCGGGACCUGCAGGCGGGGGUGAAGGACUUGUCCAAAGAGGAGCGACUCUGGGAAGUUCAGCGAAUCCUGACGGCUCUGAAACGCAAACUGAGGGAGGCCAAACGCCAGGAGUGCGAGAGUAAAAUAGCUCAGGAGAUAGCGAGUCUGUCAAAGGAGGAUGUUUCAAAAGAGGAAAUGACUGAGAAUGAAGAGGAAGUUAUUAACCUCCUCUUAGCCCAGGAAAAUGAGAUCCUGACAGAGCAGGAGGAGCUAAUCUCUCUUGAGCAGGUGCUCCGUAGACAGAUAGCUACAGAGAAAGAAGAGAUCGAGAGGCUGCGAGCAGAGAUAGCAGACAUACAGAGUCGGCAGCAGGGUCGCAGUGAGACAGAGGAAUACUCGUCAGACAGUGAAAGUGAGAGUGAAGACGAGGAAGAGCUGCAGAUGAUUCUGGAAGAUCUGCAGAAGCAAAACGAGGAACUUGAGAACAAGAACACUCACCUGAACCAGGCCAUCCACGAGGAGCAGGAGGCCAUCUUGGAGCUCCGCGUCCAGCUCCGCCUCCUGCACAGCCAGAAAGUGCAGCAGGAGCCGAUUGUUCAGCAGCCGGCCGAACAGGUGCCCCCCCCUCAGCCGAGCCCGGAGGCCCAAAGCGAGGAGCAGCCCAAACGGCCCGUCAUCGCGGUGACUGCUGCCACCGAUGCAGCUGCCUCAGCCAAUGGGAAGGCAGCGAAGGAUCCGUCGAAGCCCUCGCCGAGCAAGGACAAGAGAGACUCCAACAUGUGACGUCAGCAUCACUCGUCAUCCACCGGAGAUUUCACAUUUCUGGAUCAGUGCAUUCGUGAGUGAUUGUGUCCACAGAGUGACAGCCAUGUAAAAGUAUUUUAUAUGUCCAUUGUCUUUGGUUCCUCGACUCUCAGCACAAAUUCAUUGUUUCUCAUUUCCCCACAAAAUACAAAAGAAGAAGAAACGUGAGAGAAGAAGGGGGGGGG